AUGGCGGUGCUAAUUAGAAACUUUCUUAUUUUCUUUCCACUUCUGGUCAUAUUUCCAGCACAUGCCCUCGACAAUGGCCUAGCCAUCACUCCACCAAGUAAGGCUUUCAUUGUUUAGUUUCAGAUAAGCGAGGAAUAAGAGAUAUUUACACAGGAAUAUUUAUUGCUUUUUUUCCUCUAUCAGCUGUUUUGAUUGGAUGUGCGAUUUUUGUGCAAUGCUUAGGCGUUUUCAUAUCUCUUCACCCCAGGAAUGACAUUUGUUUAUAUAAGGCUGUAAAGAGAAAGAGGCAUGAAUGAAGAAAAAAUUUAUUUACAAUUUAGGAAGGCUAUCACCUUGCUAUUUGCUCUAAUAAACUAGAGUAAAAAGGUUAUGACUUAUCUGCAAGUUAUGUCUUCGUUGUGUGUAGUAGGAAAAGUGAUUUUGGCAGGGAUGCACCUGUUUUCUCAAUUAUAACCGUUAUUAACUCUUAAACGCUUAAUAACAACUGCAUUAUCGUCAAUUUCAUUGAACUAAGUGUCUGUUUGAGUAAACAGUUUUAUAAAUGAUAUUAUUCUUAGUGGGAUGGAUGGCAUGGGAGAGAUUUCGAUGUAACAUCGACUGCAAGGAUGACCCACAAAAUUGUAUCAGGUAAAAGUAGUCCUGCCCUGCCUGUAUCUUAAAUACUGGAUACUAAAGAUUUUUGAAAGUACAUUAGAGCAAGUUCAAACUUAUGUGUAACCUUGGUUAUUCUUUUUUCACCACUGAUUAUCCGUAGGAACUUCUGUGGUCUCCCUUAUUUUAAGUAUGAAAGGUAAAAGUAAUAUUGAAACCCAUAGAGAAAUCCUUCCACCUGUUGAAUUUUCUAGAAUUCCAAGCAGUUUUAGGCAGUAGUGAGAGGUACUAUAGUUGGUAAAUUUUACUGAUUACAACCUGAAAAGGAGAGCACUGAAUUUUGAGGACGUUAUUUUAUUUACAAACUGAAAUGUGCAUGAUAUACACUCCGGGAUUCCUUUUGAUGAGGGGUAUAAAGCUGAGAAGAAAAAUAAUUUUUGUAUGGAUAGAUAUGUAAUUUGAAUAUGUGAUAUUUGCUGGAUAAUGAUUCAAAUAUUUUACCUUUAUUCACUGGUAUUUAAUACUUUGUUGUUGUCACUUUUUUUUUCCCUCCAAAGUGAAAAAUUGUUCAUGCAAAUGGCUGAUCGUAUCGCUGAAGAUGGUUUUCAAAAAGCUGGAUAUGAAUAUGUUUGUAUCGAUGUAAGUACCAUGCUUAACUUGUUAGUUACCCAUAAUUUGAUGCAUGUAGAACUUGUUAUAAUAAUAUGAGAAUUAUUUUGUAGUAAGGUUAGAUAUCACCCUUACAUCAUACAUUGAGGUGAGGAGAAUAAAGAAACUGAUCACUGACUUAAGAGGCUUGUGAUUGUUAGACAAAUUCUCCCUGUUGGCACAUUAGGAAAUGUUAGGAGAACAGUAUAGAGAUUAUGCUUGCUGAUGUUAGAGUGUCAAGGGUUAGCAGUAUCAAAUAACUUUAACAUUUACUGACUCAUGUCUCAGGACUGCUGGGCUUCUCACAAUCGCACAUUAGAAGGUGAUCUUCAGCCAGAUCCCAAGAGAUUUCCAAGUGGAAUUAAAAAGCUUGCUGACUAUGUAAGUAAUAAUAAAAAAAAAAAAAAAAAAAGAAAAAAUUAAUUUUAUAAGCAAUGAGAAGCUGAGGAUCUGAACUGAAGCCUGAGUGAGAAGGACCAGAGCCAAGUUGGAGGGGGAGAGGGGAGGGAGGGUAGACCUAAGUCACAGCAGGAGAGACAAGCAUUCCAACCCUUUUGCUCUUAUGGCUUCCUUUUGUAGCUUGAUGACUGUUACCUCACAAAAUUGUUUCUAAUCAAUAAAUUAUUUCAAACUGUAAGUAAACUAUUAAUAAGAGUUCAGUGAUUUGUGGAGCUCAACUCUCAAUAAAGUAGUGCCACUUCUUGUGUAAAUUAGAAAAUACCACUCAAUACUCCUUCUCUAUCAUUUACUUCCAACCAUUUUCUGGAAUUUGUGACUCUCCAUCACAGAUUUAUUAAAUUUUCUUUUUCAAUCAUUCUUUUCCUCAGAUUCAUUCUAAAGGUCUCAAGUUUGGAUUAUAUGCUGGUAACAAUGCUCAUGAAAUUCUCCAGAAGAAAAUUAAAAAAUUGGAUUUGAUUUUAUAUUACAACUAAAUUAAUGUAUUCCUAGAAAUACUUUUUUUUACCAGUUUAACUGCUUGCUUGCUGAAAUUAGGUGUUGAUAAACAUUAAUAAGAAUGAAAAUACUAUUAGUAUGUGCUUCAAUCUAAUUAGCACUCUGGUCUUUGGUACAGUGGUACCAUAACUUUUUAAUUAUGGCUGUGGUAUCCCUUAUCUAAAUUGAUCAAAAAUACAUGUUCAAAACUGGAAUCAAUAAUAUUCACAGCACUUGAACUUUGUCUUCUUCCAGAUUAUGGUGAUCUAACCUGUGAGCGUUAUCCAGGAAGCAUAGACUAUAUUCAACAGGAUAUGCAGGUACUUCAUUGUUCAUUAAAGGUAACAUAACACUCUCUGAAAAAUCAUUGGCUGAAACAUCAUCAAAAUGGUAUCACAAUUAAACUGACUUGCGCACAAAACUCUUCAAAAUGCAAUUUUACUCAAACCAAAUUAAAACACUGCCUCUUGCACAAGAUAUAAUCAUUUCCAUGGCUUAAUUGCAAGCAAGAUUCAUGUUGCAGUUUCUGCUGUAGCUGUUUUUGGCAGAGGCACUUGUGAGAGAUCAAAUUCAUCACUCUGUUGAAUAACUAUAGAUUCCCAUUUCAUUUAUUUGCUACAGUUGUUUGCUGACUGGGGUGUAGAUUAUCUCAAGAUGGAUGGUUGUUUUGCUGAUCCUCUUACAUUUGACAUAGGCUACCCAACAGUUACAAGAGCAUUGAAUGAAACAGGGAGACACAUUGUGUUCUCCUGUAGCUGGCCUGCUUAUCAAGUGUGGGGUGGAAUGACGGUAAUUUUGCAAUAAAAUUUUUGAUUAAUCUCAGAUAAAUUACUUUCUAGCUUUUAGGCCUACCCUUAUCUGUGAUAUGCACCAAAGACCAUGGUUUGAUUAAGUUUCCAUGUCAGUUGUGUAAGAGGAUAAAUUUUAGUUUAUUUGCUGACAACCUUCACCCUUCAGUGCCAUAUCAGAAGUAAAGUAACUUUCCCAGGAGCCAGAGAGGCUAUUUUCUGUCAAGCUUUUAUGGUUCUAGGAUCCAUAUAGGAUAACAUUUAGCUUUAGUUUAUAUCUAAGAUAUUUCUCUGUUACUAUUGCAAAUUACCAGCUAUGAUCAAUUUGUGAUAAUGAGUGUUCUUAAUUUGCUCACCAGCCUAAUUACCAGCUCAUUGCAAAGCACUGUAAUUUAUGGAGGAAUUACAAUGAUAUACAGGUGAGACAUCAUUAUAAAGUGACUAACAAAAGUGAUUUUUAUUUCAUUAUUUUGCACUCAAUUUGCUAAUGCAUGAUUAUUAAUCCCAGCUGUGCUGCAUCAUUAUUGCUUCCUUUUUGUUCUUGACAACUUGUUUGUUGUUAUACGUGCAAGGAUUCUUGGCUCAGUUUGGUAAGAAUUGUAGAAUGGUAUGGUGAUCACCAACAUGAAAUGAUACCUGUUGCUGGACCUGGACACUGGAAUGACCCUGACCAGGUGAGGUGAUUGUCUAACUGUAUAGAGACUUAAAGGCAUCAUCUGUGUCACACUUGACUUCAAAGCCAUUUCCUGUCAAUGUUGUGCUGUUAUGCUGACAACCUGUGACCCCCGACUUCACACCUGCAACAGAAAACUUCAUAUCCAAAACCCACAACAUUGUAACCACAACCUCCAUGUCAGGGCAAUGGGUAAUUCUCCCCUAAGAGAGCUUUCAUUUGAGAUGUUGGAUGAAACAAAAUAAUUGGUCAGUAUGCAAAAAGAGAAGUGGGUGAAGGGGGAGAAGGGCCACCAAGUGUUCUAUUUUAAGCAACUGGCAUCAUUUUUUUGGACUUUUUUGCACUUUCCUAGUAAGACUGUGCUUUUACUCUAAAAGAACCCUGUUUUUACCUAUAAUUCCUAAAAUUUGUUUUUGGUUGAGUGACCUGCUUCAUCAUCAUGUUAUUAGUCACUUGCUCUUUUUCUGAUUGUAUAUUCCAAAGAACUAAGUAAAAUAGUGCAAAAUAGCUACCUGCAUAGAAUUUAUAACUUUCUCACAAACUUUCAUGCUACUAACAUUAAUUUUACCGGUACAAAUAAAGAAAUUAAAAAUUUAGUUCAAAUUAACUUAUGUCAGGUGUGAUUAAACACAUUUUAACCCUUACAUUAGUAGAAUAUGAGUUAUGAUCAGUUGCUCACAGGAUGUUUUGUUUCAUCAGCUAUUGAUUGGAAAUUUUGGUCUUAGCUAUGAGCAGUCCAAGUCACAGUUUGCUCUUUGGGCAAUUCUGGCUGCUGUAAGUUUUUAUUUUUAGUAACUGUCCUUUGAUCUUUGAUGUGAUCAUGGUAAAUAUCUUACAUGUUGUUUGGAGACAUAUGAGAUUAUUGGUCAUUCAUUUCAUUAUUUCAUGUAAUUUUUUUUGUCAUUAUAGCCACUCAUGAUGUCAAAUGAUCUUCGUGAUAUUGCUCCAUGGGCCAGGGAAAUAUUAUUGAAUAAGUAAGAAGUUCAGUUGGUUUAAAAUUUUUAAAUGAAGAAACAAUUGAAUUAUAAUGGGUAUAAAAUAGUGAAAUUGGAAGUUAAAAACGAGACUUCCUUAAGUGACCUUUUGUCCAAUGUUCCUUGUUGAAUUGGAGGAAAAGCUGAGAACCCUAAAAAAAAAAAAAACUCUCCGAGCAAUAACAAGAAUUAACAGCAAACUUAAACCAUCUGUGAUGUCAGGUUUGAGAAAUGAACCCAGGCCUCAGCAGUAAGAAACGAACAUUCCAACCACUUCAUCAUUGCUGCUCCACAGUUUCCUGCUCUUAGGCAAAUUUCAGUGGAUUUUCCUUUUAUUUAACUAUCAAUCUCUUUCCUUUUGUUUUUGUCAGGGAGGUGAUAGAUGUGAAUCAGGACAAACUGGCAAAGAUGGGGUGGCGAGUGUCUCAGGUGAGAAUCCAAGUGCAGCCAAGAACAUUUUUGUUAACAAUUUUAGAUUUAGAUUUUGAUGAUUUUCUGCAUUCUAGACACUAGUGUCCGAUUUUAGAUACAAGUGUCCGAUUUUAGACACCAGUGUCCAAUUUUAGUCACUAGUGUCUCAUUUUAGACACCAGUAUCCAAUUUUAGACACUAUGGUCUGAUUUAAGACACUAGUGUUCAAUGGUAGACACUAGCGUCUGAGUUUAGUUGCCAGUUUCAGAUUUUAUUCUCUAGCGUCCAAUUUUAGAGGCUAAUGUCCUAUUUUAGACCCAAAUGUCCAAUUUUUGAACAUAAGUUUUUGUUUUUAGACACAACUGUUUGGUUUUACGCAUUAGUGUCCGAUUUUAGAUAAUAGUGUUGGAUUUAAGACACCAUUGACCAAAUUUCAGAAACACGUGGCCGAUUUUAGAAACUAGUGUCCGAUUUUAGACAUUAGUGUCUGAUUUUAGAAACUAGUGUCUGACUUUAAACACUAGUGUCUGAUUUUAGACACUAGUGUCCGUUUCUUGACAAUCAGUGUUUGAUUUUAGACGCUAGUGUGCGGCAUUUGCAGCACUAUUUGGUGAAGCAAAACGAAUGUAAUCUUUGGCUACUUUUGACAUUCACUUAAAAAGUUCGCCAUACCAGUAUUUUCUCCAUUGGUUAUAUUCCUAUCGCCAGGAACUCAUUCCUGACCGAAUCUGUGUUUGUUUUAUUGAUUAGUCCCCCAGGAGUUUUACCGAGGUGUGGUGUCGUCAGCUGCAUGAUGGAUCUGUUGCUGUUGUUUUGUCUAGUCGCAGAACAGACCAGCCUAUUCAUAUCGAGGCCUACUUCCACGAGGUACCGCUAAAACAUGAAAUUUCUGACAUGGAGACUUUGAUAGUUUUGAGGCUUUAUUAUUUCAGUAGAGUUUGGCAAAUCAUUGUGACAAUUACUUUUUGCUCUAAGCAGGAAACAUCUUUAGUGAUAUAUACUUUCCGAACUGGGUGUUUUAGUUUCUCGGGCAGUGAAAGUAUACUUACCUACAGCGCCUCUAUCCACUCAGUAGUAUAAAUGUGAGCCAGCGAAUUUUCAUGGAAAUUGACUCACCAACCAAACAGUGACGGAUUUUGCCUAAAACAAGGGACUGCUCGUAUUCAGCAUAGAAUCAUAGAUAACAAAACGAUAUUUUAAUUUCAGAAACAAGUGAUCACUUUAAGAAAGACAAAUAGUUACAUAUGUUUUAUCAUACAUAUUCCCCUCUCUAGCUUAAUUAUAUUGUUAUUGUUUCUUUUAGGUUGGUGUGCCUACCAUCAUGGCCAAGGCACGGGAUCUUUUUGCACAUAAAGACCUGGGCAUAUUCAAGAAAAGCUUCAGGGCCAAAGUUAACCCCAGUGGGGUAGUGAUGGUCAAAUUGUCUCCUAUACAUUAUGAGUUAUAAGAUUGGGUCAGCAGUAGUUUUUAAUGUAGUGUAGGGUAUACCUACAGGUCAUGGUGAAAUGUCGAACUUUUUAUUUAUUUUUAAACGUAAAUAUUGACAGGCCGAACCCUGUAUUUAUGACAGGUUUUGUGAAAACCUCAGUAAUUUUUGAAAACGGUCUCUCAGAGUUUAGGAAGGCAGUGUAGUGAACCGAUCAGUGAGACUUUCAAAGACCUAUCCAAAUGACCAGCGUAAAGUGCAACACUGAUUAACACGCACGACCAAGUCACGUUUAUUAGCGGGGUCUCUAAAAUAGAGCAGUCACAUCAGUCUAAAGGAAACCAACCAUGAUUCCAACUGAAACAAUAAUUGUCAAACGUUCGUGAAGCGAAUUGUUCCGAAAGACCCCUAAAUGGAUUUUGAUUUGUUCUGAUGUCAUUCCGUUGUUACUUCUACGUUCGUGAACUUAGAUGAUAGCUAAGUAUCUACUGUGGCUGCGCAGUAGUCACGAUAAAUUGUGUCAAUCAGUGCUUACAACCAAGGCAAGCGCAGAUGACAAAUAAUUUAUAUGGAGUUUUUGCUCGUUUCUUUUAAUCGGAUCGGUCAAUUUUGUGGAAGUGGGAAAUAGAAUAUGUGGAUGAUUUGAAUGGACACUAUUUAAACAGGGAAGAUUGUUAGGAUUCCCAUGGAACUAUGUUCCAUAUGCUGUAAUUGCGUUCGAUCUCGGAAUUAUAUACAUUGGGCGAAAAAAUUGUGCGCCUAGAAUCCUUUUCUUACGAUACGUAUCGAUUUGUUUCUUCCUUUUUUGUAUAAUUUUUUUAUUAUUAAUUUAGGGUUAAGAUUUGUAAUUAGUGUAAAUUUCCGUUGUGUGUGUCCAUAUCUAAAAGCUAAAAUUGCUACAAAACUAUUUUGAUAUAGAGUAAGAAUAUAAAACUUAGAUACCUGACAAAUGCGGUUAAAAUAAUAAAAAAUAAAAAUUAAUAAAAACAAAAAUAAUAAAAAAGUAAAUAAAUUUGAUAUCCAGGCGGUGUUGAUAUUUAUUUUUUUCUUUUUUCACUUUUGUUAUAAAUCCAAUGGACCAAGAUACAUAGAUAGACAUUCGGAUUAGAAUCGUUUUAUGUUAAAAAGACAUAGGAAAAUAGACUUGUAUUUAUUUAGAAAACAGACAGGAAAAUAGACUUGUAUUUAUGAGUGAAGUCCAUUCAGUUAUUGAUUUCAAUUUCUGGAAGCCGUAGUUCCAUUGAAGUGGAACGAUAUCCUAGCUGGUGAAGGAAGAAAAAUAUGAAAAUAAAACGAAGGC